AUGUCUUCUGCGGUUAUGCAACAUCACGGAGGGGAUGGUGGGGCAAAUCCUCCUCCAGAUCCAACGCAGAUACAGGCUGAUUGUGAGAGAGUGACGACUAAAACGAAAAGGCGCGGCCUCAACAAGGGGUUUUCAACUCGAGAAGCUAGAGUUACAUUAGGUAGACCACUACCACUGGAGUGGGAUGUUCGAGGGAAGACUUACAAAGAAAUUGGUAAUUAUUCCCAACAUUUCUCUAGAGAGAUCGGCAUUCUCAUUCGACAAUAUGCCGAUCCCGACUACGACCGAUGGGAUAAAGUACCCAGCGAAGUUAGAGAUCGCAUACUUCCUCGUCUAGAGGAUGAUUUAUUCGACAUUGGUCGAAGUCGAUAUGCCUCAGAGAACCUCCCCAGCAUUCUUUUGGGCAUUCAACGGUCGUGCGUUGAUCGUUACUCGGAGUGGAAGAAUGACUUGUCCACUCAUUUAAAAAAGAAUGGUCGAGCACAUCCUCCUGAUGGUUUGGUGGUGGAGAAAUGGCAGAAGGCGCUCCAGUAUUUUGAUCGCCCUGAAGUGAAGAGGCGUUCUGAGACUAACUCUGCGAACCGUGCAAAACAAAAACAGAGAAUCGUGCAGGGUUCACAGUCUACGCCAGCCCUUCGUUACAAGAAGCGUGAUUUACAAACUGGGUGUCUUGCUGGGGUUCCAGAGAUUUGGAUGGCGACUAAGUAUAUAGACGGGGAAGGUUGGGUGAGCAAGGCAGCAAAAGAUAACUAUGUAAGCAAAUUUAUAUUUUAUGAUGUUCUUACUUUAUUGUGUUGUAAAUUCUAAUAUUCUUGAAAAUUGUGUGAUACAG